GAAACUCCACUUUUGGUGUACUAAAAAGUAAAGCAAAUGAUUAAGAACUCAAACUUCAAAUCCACUUGUUCUGCCAUACCUCUUCCUUCUAUCUUGAUCUUUCUAAUUGUCACCUUGAUCAAACUUCAAACCAGUUUAUGUACCGGUCAUUUAUCCUACUCAAACUGCAGCCAAACUUUCAAAUGUGGAAGCAUAGAAAAUGUGAGCUACACUUUCUGGGGAGUGAAUAAAGCGGAUUACUGUUGUCAACCAGGGUUUGAGCUGGGUUGCCAAAAUGAUGUACCAAAGAUCAAGAUGCUGAACAACACGUUCAGAGUUCUCGGUAUCAACACAGAACAGCAGAUUCUUAAGGUUUCCAGAGAUGAUUAUUGGGACGAUGUUUGUCCCACGAAAUUCAUCAAUACCACCAUCGAUUUCAAGCACUUUAGUUAUGUUUCAAGCGGGCUUAGAAACCUCACCAUAUUCUACAAUUGCACCUUAGAUUCAAACUCUUAUUAUUAUUCUUCUUCUCUACCUCUAUAUAAUUGUACCAAAAAUAAUAAUACCACCGCCAAUUGGCUGUCCCUGUAUUGUACCUUUACCAGCUCAAAUGAUCCCUUGCUAGAAGAAUACACCAGCAAUGUCCAAAUUCCAAUCAACGAAACAGCUGCCUAGAUUCUGUAUCAAUAUCCAUGGAUGGUCAAUGUUACUCUGAACGCAGUUUUCGACCUGCGGUGGGAAAUAGGUAGUGAUCAAUGCAACAAAUGCUUGAAUUCUGG